AUGUCUACUACAUCGUCUGACAAUGAAUAUCAAAGCGCCGAUAGUCCCCGUAAGUGUAUCACAAAGCACCCUUUCACCCCUCACGAAGAUCAAAUUUUAAUCAGAUUUAUCAUGAUGAAUGGACCUCAAAACUGGUCUACACUUGCUUCUCUCUUAUAUAACAGAACACCGAAACAAUGCCGCGAGAGAUGGCACAACCACCUCGAUCCAAAGAUCAAUAAAGGACCAUGGACUUACUCAGAGGAUUGCAUAAUAGCUGAAAAGCAGCGUGAACUCGGUAACAAGUGGGCUGAUAUUGCUAGAUUUUUACCAGGAAGAACAGAUACUCUCGUUAAAAACCGCUGGAACACUUCAGUCAAGGCUAGGUGCAAUGAACUCCUACGCAAGAACACUCCUUGCAUGCAGACACAAUUUGACGAGUCGUUCAAUAAUUUCCUUUCUUCUUUGCAAUUACCAAGAAAAUUUGACGUUUCUUUCACACAGAUACCACCAUUAAUGCAAAGACCAUCAGCUCAAACAGUAUUAUUUGGUCAUCCUAACUAA